GCGCGCUGCCCGCCGGGCGGCCGUGCCCGCCGUGCGUCCCGUCAUUCCGCGGGCGGGCGGCGCGGGGCGGCCACGGGGCUGCCGCCGCCGCCUCCCCUCAGUGUAGGCGCUGCCGGCGCGGAGCGGAGCGGGCCGGGCCGGGCCCGCCCGGGCCCGCCCGCCCGCCGCCACCAACACCGCCACCAUUCCGCCCCUACCUUCCCGUUGUCGGCGGCCCCCAGCUGCCACCAUGCAAGAGCUCAUCGCCAGCGUGGACCACAUCACGUUCGACCUGGAGCUGGCCGUGGAGCAGCAGCUGGGGGCACAGCCGCUCCCCUUCCCUGGCAUGGACAAAUCGGGCGCAGCUGUCUGUGAGUUUUUUUUAAAGGCGGCAUGUGGAAAAGGAGGCAUGUGCCCGUUCAGACACAUCAGUGGGGAAAAGACAGUUGUGUGUAAACACUGGCUGCGAGGACUGUGCAAAAAGGGAGACCAGUGCGAGUUCCUGCACGAGUAUGACAUGACCAAGAUGCCUGAGUGUUACUUCUACUCCAAGUUUGGGGAAUGCAGUAACAAGGAAUGUCCAUUCUUGCACAUUGACCCGGAGUCGAAGAUCAAAGACUGUCCCUGGUAUGACAGAGGCUUCUGUAAACACGGUCCCCUGUGCAGACAUCGGCACACUCGGAGAGUCAUUUGUGUGAAUUACCUGGUAGGAUUCUGUCCAGAGGGGCCUGCCUGUAAAUUCAUGCAAGGACACCCCAAGUCAUUGGAGUCAUGCAAUCUCAAAAUAACAACAGUGGGAACAGAGGACCCCGGCCGCUGGAGCAGGUCACCUGCUACAAGUGUGGUGAAAAAGGUCAUUAUGCCAACAGAUGCACCAAAGGACACCUGGCCUUUCUCAGUGGACAGUGAAGGAGCAGCAGGAAGGUGCAAGAGAGCUGUUACCACUGAGGAAAGGUUUCUGCCUAGCACAAUGUCUGGAGCUAUUAAUCAGGUUGUUUUUUUAAUGCCAUUACUGAAAGAACUGGUCAGAGGCUGGCUGCUGCUAAGCAACAUUUUUGUAACUGUCCCCAACUUUUUUAAGUUUUAACCUUUUUAAAAUCGAUUUUGGCCUCCGUCUGUUUUCAUUGAGCCCUUAUGAAAGGUAGAUCUAAAAGCCAGUAGAUAAACCAAGCCCUUACUGAUGCAGCACUCCACGUAAACACAUCUUAGGCCAGUGUUUAAAGUAUUUUCCUUCUGCCACUUCUCUUUUGGAGAAUCUGCAGCGUUUCAGCCCUCCCUGUCGAAGCAGGAAGACUGACUGGGAAAACUUAACACUUGCAAUGCCUUCUCCUCAGUGAGGAAGCAGGGAUUCUGCUGUCCUGUAGCUCUUGAAAAGCAAAGUCCUGUCCUGGUGGCUGACAAAACCCCUCACGUACAUCAGGCAGUAAAACCUGUGUCCACUUGCUUUGUUUCUGUGCUUCUUGCUGUACUGAAGGUUGGAAAUCAAUCUUCUGGGAGAGAACUGAUCAAGGGGAGAAUAAAUUGGCUUCUCUCUGGUUAGCCAGACAAUAAGGAACAAUGAUUAUAGGAAAGCUGCAUCUGUGCUCAGUUCCCACUUGCAGAAAGGAGGGAAAUGAGCAUGGGUUGGAGUAGAAGAGCCUUGUCCCAGCCCCUAUCAUGCAGCUCACACUGAGCAGGUAUUCCCACACUCUGGAGACCAGGAGUGGAGCUGUAUAUUCUUAAGGAACACUGCUUUUAAAGUGUUGGCAGAGAUUCCUUCUGAAAGCAGUUUGGUUUUUUUUUCCAACCCAAAUCCCAUUUAGUUUGAGAUGACUAUUUCAAAAGGGCCAAUGACAAAAUGUGAAUUAAAAGAAAAAAAAAAUGACCCACAAUGUGAGCCUUAUUGAUUCUACCCCAUCUCUUCAUAUGCUGCCUGCCUUUAUACUUUGUUUUUAUUGAAAUGUACUGAUGGCAAAAGCUGGCUGUGAAUUCAUUUUUCUUUAAGAACAAGUUAAAUGUGGCUGGAUUAAGAGAAGUGACCAGA